AUGUCGGCCCCCAAAAUAGCCAUCAUCGGCGCCGGCCCAGCAGGCUGCACCCUCGCCCGCCUGCUGCACCAGGCCCCCGUCCCCGUGACCGUGACCGUGUUCGAGGGCGAGGCGAGCCCCAACUACCGGUCCCAAGGCGGCACGCUGGACCUGCACACGGCGACGGGGCUGGCGGCGAUCAAGGAGGCCGGCCUGUGGGACCGCUUCCUGGAGCACGCGCGCUACGACGGCGACCGCAUGCAGAUCACCGACAAGGACAUGAAGGUCUACUUCCAGCACGCCGGGUCCCCCGCCCCCGAGGACAACCCGCGCGGCCUCCUCGGCCAGCGGCCCGAGAUCGACCGCGCUGACCUGCGCCGCAUCCUGACCGAGAGCCUGCCGGACGGCAUGAUCCGGUGGGGCCGGCACCUGAAGCACGUCGAGGCUGCCGCCACCGGCGGCGGGUCCACUCUCGUCUUCGCGGAUGGCACCUCGGCCUCGGGGUUCGACCUCGUCGUCGGCGCCGACGGCGCCUGGAGCAAGGUGCGCAGGGCGCUCAGCGACCAGGACCCCGUCUUCGCGGGGGUGGGCGGCCACGAGCUGUCCAUCCCCGCCGACGCGGCGGCGCGGGCUCCGGAACUGCACGCCGCCGUCGGCGGGGGCAGCCUGUUCGCCAACGUCGAGGGCAAGAGGCUGACGGCGCAGCAGAUGGGCGACGCGAGCAUGUGCGUGUACGCGCUGCAGAGGCAGGAGUCGGCGGACUGGUUCGACGCAGGGAAGUGCGGGUACGAUGCGCGGGACGUGGUGCAGACGCGGAGGGCGCUGGCGGGGGAGGGCGGCCCGUUCGCGGACUGGUGUCCCACGCUGAGGGACGCGAUUCGCCUCACCGGAGACGAGGUAUGCGUCCCUAGGUCGCUGCACAUGCUGCCUGUUGGGUUCCGCUGGGGGCAUCGGCGGGGGCUGACGCUGAUUGGGGACGCGGCGCACCUGAUGACGCCGUUCGCGGGGGAGGGGGUCAAUGUCGCGAUGGAGGAUGCGAUGAAGCUGGCGAAGGCGGUCGUCGGGGCGGCGGAGAAGCGGGCCGAGGAUGGGGCGGGCGCGGCGGAUGCGCUGGAUGAGGCGGUGGUCCGGUUCGAGGAGGAGAUGUGGCCCCGUGCCGAGAAGGUAGCUCGUCUGGCGGACGACUUGACCAAGGCGUGGAUGUUCACCCCGGGCGUGCCGGGGUCUGUCAUGGCGUCGACCGCAGCCAUGCAUGUCAGGUUCCGUACCCCUGGUGUUGUGCAUCCUUUCGCCACGGCCUUCGUGCAUUCUUACUUUUUCUUCAAGGGUCUGGGUAGGUAG